AUGUCCAAACCAGCAAGACGACACCAGUGCUCCCAGUGUGGAAAGAGUUUUAACCAGAAAGGACACCUGAACCAACAUGAGAAAAUACACACAGGGGAGAAGCCUUACCACUGCUCCCAGUGUGGAACAGGUUGUAACGGGUUAAGGGACCUGAAACAACAUGAGAGAAUACACACAGGGGAGAAGCCUUACCUCUGCUCCCAGUGUGGAAAGAGUUUUACCCUGUUAUGUAACCUGAAAACACAUGAGAGAAUACACACAGGGGAGAAGCCUUACCACUGCUCUCAGUGUGGAAAGAGUUUUAACCAGAAAGGACACCUGAAGCAACAUGGGAGAAUACACACAUGGGAGAAGCCUUACCACUGUUCCCAGUUUGGAACAGGUUGUAACGGGUUAAGGGACCUGAAACAACAUGAGAGAAUACACACAGGGGAGAAGCCUUACCUCUGCUCCCAGUGUGGAAAGAGUUUUACCCUGUUAUGUAACCUGAAAACACAUGAGAGAAUACACACAGGGGAGAAGCCUUACCACUGCUCUCAGUGUGGAAAGAGUUUUAACCAGAAAGGACACCUGAAGCAACAUGGGAGAAUACACACAUGGGAGAAGCCUUACCACUGUUCCCAGUUUGGAACAGGUUGUAACCAGUUAAGGGACCUGAAACGACCUGAGAGAUUACAGAAAGGUGAGAAGCCGUACCAUUGCUCCCGGUGUGGAAAGAGUUUUACAACGAUAGGGACACUGAAAAUUCACGAGAGAAUACAUACAGGAGAAAAGCCGUACCACUGCUCCCAGUGUGGAAAGAGUUUUACAACAUUAUGGAGCCUGAAAAUACACGAGAGAAUGCAUACAGGAGAAAAGCCAUACCACUGCUCCAAGUGUGGAAAGCGUUUUACCCACUUAAGUAAUCAGAAAAAACACGAGAGAAUACACACAGGGGAGAAGCCUUACCACUGCUCCCAGUGUGGAAAGAGAUUUAGCGAGUUAGGAAGCCUGAUGGCUCAUGAGCGAAUACACACAGGGGAGAAGCCUUACAAAUGCUCAGACUGUGGGAAGACAUAUUACUCAUCACAGUCACUUAAAAGACACGUGAGAGUCCACACAGGGGAGAAAACAUGA